UUUCUGCAUUGCUCUCCACCCUACAUAAUUUAAUAAGGGGAAGAGAGAGAAAUUGAUGAAGCGGAAAGCCCCGCGAAUACACGGUAGUAGUAUGAAGAUGCAGAUGGAGAAAUAAAAAACAUGAGAUUUAUAAUAAUUAUUCUUAUUUUCAUUCAAAUUGUCUUCGGAAAACCAACAAAAAGGACACAUAUACACGGAGAAGAGAAUGACAAAUACAUUGCACAUAAUCAUAAGGAAUGGAUGAAAGAACUUGCAGCUGAGCAAGAAGCGGAGAAGCGUGGAGUACCAGGAACAAUUGUCGAAGGAGAUAUAAUAGCUUCAAAGAAAUUUUUAAAGUUACGUCAUAACAACGAGUCCAAUUUGAGAGAUGUUGUCAUAUAUCCUGGGUUUACAUGGAAUACAAACGCAAUUCCUUUUGUUUUCAGCAAAAACUUACCUGACAUGUAUAAAGACGUGAUCAAAAGUGCUAUGCAGGAUUUUGAGAAAUAUACAUGUAUUCGUUUUGUUCCAAGGACUAUACAACCGGACUACAUCAAUUUUGAUUUUAAAGGACAAUGCUCGUCAUUUCUUGGAAAGCAUGGAGGAAAACAAGAACUAAACAUUGGACCUGCUUGUGCUCUAAAAGGAACGGCGCUUCAUGAAAUGAUGCAUGCGCUCGGCUUUGUACACGAGCAUACACGAUUGGACAGAGACAAAUACCUGAAAGUCAAUUUAGAAAAUAUCGCGCCCGGCGAUAGAGAAGAAUUUGACAAAUACCAAGCAGGAGUUGCAGCAAGUAUUGGCAAAGACUACGAUUUUGCCAGUAUAAUGCACUAUGGAAUGCUAGCUUUUUCAAUGAAUGGAAAACCAAGUAUAGAACCGUUGGAUCCAAAAGUGGAUGCCAGUGUGAUUGGCCAGCGAUCAGGAUUCAGUGAUUUGGAUAUAAUUGAACUUAACGAAGCAUUUAAGUGUAACGGUAACCCAUCAGAAUCAACUGCAGAACUUACGUCACAAUCUUCUCUCGUGGCCUCCAAUGUGAAAAAAGAAAUUACUCCAAAGGCUGCGAAAGAAGGUCCGCGUCUGUUGAUAAAGAAGAUUGUGAUGCGGUCGACGACGUAGCUGUGGAAGUUUCUUCUACUGCAGCGAGUAUCAACACGAAGAAGGUGACGAGUGGAGGCUCCACACGAGAAGCGCGAGAUAAACGGGGAUGCUUUAAAACCAUUUUAAAGUAAUCUAAAAAGCUUUUGAGUUUUUUCCUAUAAUGAGUCAAAUAUUUUUCCAUGUGAAAGGAUUGAAGUUUUAACAAAAAAGUAGCUAAGAUUUUGCCAAAUCUUAAGCUUUCGUUAUGGUACGCAACGAGAAACCCAUUUGUUUUCAACACUCGCCUUAUGUAAUUAGUAGUCAUGAAAUAGCUGUACAAAAGAAUACCAUUUUCUGGCGGGUGUGUUCACUUUUAGGUUUUGUAUUUUCAGGAUGAUGGAUAUCUCUGGCUUUAAAAGAAGUUUUGUAUAUAAAUGACUAAUAAUAAUUAUAAAAAUUAUAAAGUUAGUUUGAUUAGUAGGAAAUAUAUUUACAGCUUGUGUUGAAUGAAUGAAGUGCCCGCGGUCCAAACUUCGGGACUGUCCAAGCUUAGAUGAUACAACUUGGCAUACCUAUAAGACUAAAUACAAACAGAUUCCAGGGUUAAAAUUAAUUAGAUGACGUCAUUGGGAUCAGAAACAACGUCACAAUAAAUUUGAGUUUCUAUUGGUGCACUUAUCCAUUGGAUAGAAAACAUUUUAUUCUAUUCUGUAUUAACAUUGAUUUUUAACACGUCAUUUGGGUAAAAAAUGACGAAAUAUUUGUAAAGAAAAUUUUCUGUAUUUCCGAAAUAUUGAUGUUGAUGUCAUUCAC